UCACAUCCCCCCAUACAACCAUCCAUCCGUGAGCUGUGUCAAGGGUUAUAUUCCGUGGCGAAGAGCGCCAGAGAUGUAGCGAGCACUGGGACGCCUGCUAAUAGAGACCCAUCUGGUGCAUCGCCAUCAUCAUCACCAUCACCACCACCACUAUCAUCAUCAUCAUUAUCACCGCCACCACCACCACCAUCAUCUUUGCUCACUGGUGUCGCAUCCGUAUACAUUUUGGUCCCUCUUUCGUCAGCUCUCAAGCUGUUAUUUUUGGUCCCAAUUUUCUCAUGUGCAUAAAUUCUAAGCGAAUCCCGGACGCUAUUUCGACUUAGGCGCUUAUUUGCCGUGUGCGCGUGCACAGUGAUAUUGUUGCGUUUGCUUUUCCUUGUUCAUUGGCGGCGGACGGCGGGGAGGGCAUGUACGACAAGCGGCGCUUCGUGCGUUAUGGUGAAGACAAGUCGGAUGUUAGUCGGCGAGACGGAGUCGGCGACAGAACUGCCUGACCCCCGCACGGUUGUCCAAACGCCAUGGACGACGCGGCGUUGCUUGAAGAUGGCCCCGAGACGGCAGAGCCGCUGACACACGAGUACUGCGAGAGGAUCGUCAUCAACGUGUCGGGACUGCGCUUCGAGACGCAGCUCAAGUCGCUCGACCAAUUCCCGGACACCCUCCUGGGCAACCCCAGCAAGAGGUCGCGCUACUUCGACCCACUGCGCAACGAGUACUUCUUCGACAGAAACCGGCCAAGCUUCGACGCCAUCCUCUACUACUACCAGUCCGGCGGGCGGCUAAGGCGCCCGGUCAACGUCUCCAUCGACGUGUUCAGCGAGGAGAUCAAGUUCUACGAGCUCGGCAACGAGGCCAUGGCCAAGUUCCAGGAAGACGAGGGCUUCAUCAAGGAGGAGGAGAAGCCGCUGCCGUCGGACGAGUUCCAGCGGCAGGUGUGGCUGCUGUUCGAAUACCCCGAGAGCUCCAACCCGGCCAGGGGAAUUGCCAUCGUUUCCGUACUGGUCAUUCUCAUCUCCAUCAUCAUAUUCUGCCUCGAGACUCUGCCUGAAUUCAGGGACGAGAAGGAACAGAAAUUUCUCCCAGCAAAGGACAUCAAUGGCACACAGGUAAAAAUUAUGCAUGGCAGCUCUUUCACUGAUCCAUUUUUUAUUGUGGAAACCAUUUGCAUCAUUUGGUUUUCCUUUGAACUGCUGGUGAGGUUUUUUGCGUGCCCCAGCAAACCAGGAUUUUUCAAAAGCAUCAUGAACAUCAUUGACAUCGUGGCCAUUCUGCCCUACUUCAUUACCCUUGGCACCGAGAUGGCCAAGCACCAAGGGAGUGGCCAGCAGGCCAUGUCACUGGCGAUUUUGAGGGUGAUCCGGCUGGUGCGAGUGUUCCGGAUAUUCAAGCUGUCCAGGCACUCCAAGGGCUUGCAGAUUCUGGGCCAGACUUUGAAGGCGAGCAUGAGAGAGCUGGGCCUUCUCAUAUUUUUCCUCUUCAUCGGCGUCAUCCUCUUCUCCAGCGCCGUAUACUUUGCCGAGGCCGACCACCAAAACUCGGAGUUCCGCAGCAUCCCCGACGCCUUCUGGUGGGCCGUCGUAACCAUGACGACGGUGGGCUACGGCGACAUGCGUCCCGUGACGGUGGGUGGCAAGAUCGUGGGCUCGCUGUGCGCCAUCGCCGGCGUGCUCACCAUCGCCCUCCCCGUGCCCGUCAUCGUCUCCAACUUCAACUACUUUUACCACCGCGAGACGGACAACGAAGAGCACGCGAACUACCUGCACGUCUCAAGCUGCUCGCACCAGGAGGAGAGCAGAAAGAGCAGGAGCCCGUCCAUGAGCAGGUCCGAAUACAUGGAGAUGGACGACGGUCUGAGCAACGACGUUGACUUCAAGGUGAAGAUGCCCCUCAAGCCCAACAACUGCGCGCCGCUCAACCACAACUGCAUCAACAGAAACGUCGAGACCGAUGUCUGACGCCCUGCCUCCGAGUCACCACGAAAUGCCUUUAGUUCAUUUUUGCAGCAGCAGACCUUUGUUGCCGUCGUUUGAGUUUUACAGCACAAUCUUGGAGACGCACUCGGCAACAACUGACCCUCUUUUUUUUUGGUUUUCGCCAAACUAACCCAACGGACCAAAACGGUGCGUUCAUCAAUAUUCCGGAGGCCUGUCCAAAUCUUGAUCGGCUGCGAAGAACCGGCAGCAGGGCACCGCCGAGUUUUAAACACUUCACGAAACGCGGCUCCUGCAACGUCCGCAACGAGUGAAAUCGCAGUGGACUCCUGUUGUUGUGCUGCGUUGCUUUUGCGAUGAAUGUGUACAAACUUUGCUUAACCUGUCACGCCACCCCGCUGUCGCUACACUUUAACGGUCGAGUGGAAAUUGGAGUCACGUGGUAAAUAAAUGUUUUCAAAUCAAGUUUAUGUCUGUGAACGUAAGUGUUUCCGUGUACAUAGUUGUCAAUGUGGCGUUAUUUUGGGAGGAGGUUCGCAGCCAAAACUAAUCCACCCACCUACCUUUUGCUGUGCACCAUGCAACGACAUGAAGUGCAAACGCGACCAUUCCUUCGUAGAGGUGGGAUUCACAGCUAUGCACCUCCUCCCACAAUGAAGCUGGGUUCAUGGCUACAGAUGGGUGAUAAGUUUUAAUGCAGAUUUGGGAUGAGCUAAAUGUUGGCUUUAUGACAAAAUGCAAUAGCGUGUAUAAAGUAAUGUUAAAUAAAGGUUAUUAGUCCCCCACGUUUAUCUGCGAGGGCAUGAAUGUGGAGGAAAUACAUUUCCAAUUUGCAAUGACGUGGCACUUUUGUUUGCGUGUGCCUGCACUGUGAAAGCAGACGUAAUAUUAAUUACCGCUCUGUAUUAUUUAAUCGCACAAUUUUAUUACUUGAACAUAACAAUUUUUAUUCAAAUGUGUCAAUUUCUAGACGGCACUGUCACUUACACGCACCUCACAUUGCCAUACAGUUAAAUGUUUACUGCUUUGAUUUACAUAAAUCACAGCAGCAAACGUGCAAUUAGGGAUGGGUGCUUUGUCAAAAUGAUUGUAUUAACCAUUAAAAUUAGAACUCGCAUUUCAUCAGCAAUAAGAAUGUAUAAUUUCACUCUUUAAAUUAAAGAGUAAAUCGCGAACGCAUUACUUAAGCAAUUUUUCAUAAGUAUCAAUGUGUCAUAUGGUUUAUCCUCCUUAGUAUACUAAAAUACAACUUUUUCCGUUUAUACCGUAAUUCAUAUAAUAAGUCACCCACCCCUGAUGUGCCUACAUUUCUUAAUUUCCGGCCAGUGCAGUGGUAAAAACAUUGUUGUAGUCUUCAACCAUAACUUAAACACACCAAGAUGAAUUUAGGUCUGCCGUGUGAAAAAAAAUAAAAAUAUUGAUCCCUUUUAUUUUAGGGAGUGCUAAAAUUCCAAGGAGCUUACUUUUUUUUUUAAUCCUAAAUUUUAUUUGACAAACUGCAUGAAAUAUAGUGCACCUGAGUGUGUGUGCGUGCGAGCAUGUGUGUGUGUGCCCACGCGUGUGUGUGCCAUCAGAGCACCUGUGAGGCCUCACUCUGUGGUGGGCAUUAUAUAGCCCUCUCAUCUUAUAUUAUUGUUUUGUAUUUGGUUACGUUUGUUUAAACCCAGUUCACCUAUCCCUGAACCAUUACCCUUGACUUCACCGCCUUAACGAGCAAUUUUCCAGGACUUGAUGUAUGUCACGGUGCGGUAAUUUAGGUUACCACAAUCAAUAAAUCAGUGGGGAAUAAAUAUAUAAAACCAAUCUGCAAAAGACAAAACUGUGAAAAUUGUGACUUUUAUUUGACCAAGUUUUUGAUAAAAUGCGCAUUUGGAAGCUAAGCUCAUACAAGUAAAGAAUUUCCACCUCUUGUAGGAUUCCCAGGAAUUCAUGACAACAAGUACCAUCGUUUUAAAAUAGUCCCAUCCAAUGACAAAAGGUCAUUCGGUGAUGCACCUACACUACAUUAUUUUAUAUCAUCCACCUGAACGUAUGUGGCUUUCAAGAAUUAAUAUCACCAGCCCUCAUAAUGAUGGAUGCAUUGUUCAACCUGUCUGAGGGGUUAAACACUUAUUUCACCAUAGCGAGAGCCCCCAUUGGUGAUUGAACCUAAAUCAAAAUUGGCAUGAAGAGGCGCAAACAAGAUAUACUCACUCAACUUUGUAGAUGAUGACUCACCGGAUAUAUCUUAACAGUGUGGGUGGCUUUGGGUGUCCACACAGAGAUUGCUCGGUGAUGUUUCCAAUAUGGAUACAAGCUGGCUCAGCCGCUCAGGGGAUUUUGACUUCAACAAAUAUUUGCAAUUCUCACCGCUAUGUAUGUUUUUUUGACGUGAGUUUCGAGUCUUACCCGAGCUCAUCCACCAGAGCGGCAGCGGCGUUGACGGCUCUGCGUGUUGCUCGUCGGGGACCGCGACAAUGUAAUUAAUGUCCGGCAGCACUACUAACAAUCAGGAGAAAUUGGCUUUGCGAUGCCCUGCCAACUAUUCAUCAUGCCUCAGAAUGGAGUUUAAAAUCAUUUCAUGCCUCGCUAAGCCCUGUUUUAUUUCAUUUUUUUCUCUUACAACAAAGACCCGCGGAUGCAUACGGAGAAAGAAAAAAAUACACGCGUGUUCGUGUUGCAGCGGGUAAAGGCGAUAUUUCUGUGAGGUCUCAUUUACCACGUUAAUUUGAAAUCCGUAUUCAAAAUGUGAUUUUUUUUCUUUUGUGGAAUAUGUCCUUUUAAUAUACACUGUACUGUAUAUUGUUGUUGAAGCGUUGGUGGUAUGAUAUUUAUUCAUGAAGCAUUGGGCUAUGCCUCUAAAAACAUUUAUUUGCUGAAAUGUAAACAAAGGAUUGGCACACUUCGCUUGGGGAAUCCGGCGACCUGAGCUCAAUUCCCAGGCACAGUUCAUGUUUUGUGGCGAGUGAUAUCUGAACGAGUCUUGCCCCCCCCCCCCAUCAGCAAUCUGCGCUGACCAGCGUGAUGAAGUAUGUACGAGUCUUGCCCCCCCCAUCAGCAAUCUGCGCUGACCAGCGUGAUGAAGUAUGUAUAAAACAAGCCUCAUGACCAACACGGCGUGAUGAAGCCUUCAUCCAGAGGUGGAUUGAUAAAUAGCAUGUAAGAAAACAAAGUAUAUCCCAUCCUAGCUCAUGCUAUUUACGUCACAGGAGCUCUUCCGGAGUGAACCCCCCCCCCCAUACACUUGCACAUGUUAAACGUGCGACAUGGGACACGUUGCUAGGAUGACAAAUGGCGUGGCAUUUAUUGGACCGUUUUGAGGACCAAAGGUGAAGCUUUAUCAAAACAUCACAAUGAGCAGUGCGAAGAGGGGAGGAGAGCUUACACCCAGUCGUUUUUUUUUACAAUAUGAAUUGGCUUUCAAAAGUCAGGAGAAAGCCUCGAUUUUUUUUUGUCUUCUUUGGGUGCGCUCAGCGAAAAAAAAAUAUUUUCCGUCAAUUAAAAAUUUCCAUCGUCAAAAUCCAUAGUUUAAGUUGAACAUGCCUUACUGUGUGUGGGUGUGUGCUUUGUGUGUUAGGUUGAUAUUGAUGUUCGAUAGCAAUGCAUCAGAAAUAAGCAAACGGAUACUGUACACAUUUGCAAUGGCCUUAUAAAGAUGUAUGGGGAGUUUUGUGUCAAGGGAUCUUUUAUUAAUAUCGUUGUAUUUUCGAGUAAUUUCAGGCUGUCAUUCAAUGUGGCACCAUUGUGUUUUGUGUAAUAGAUACGAGCUUAACUGUUAUGAGAUAUUGGGUGAAGAGAAAGGACGAAUAAUCAUAUCAAAAUCGAGUUGAGAAUUAAUGUUUUGCAAUUGUAACAUGAUUCUCAAAGUAAAAUGUUUUGCCAGCUCUGUCAAUGUGUGUAUGUGUAUGAACGUAGUGAUUGGUAUGUUUAAUUAAAACGAAGAUUCGUUCAUGUCA